AUGUAGGAUUUCUUAUUUAUAAGUGAUUGCAUGUAACCUAUUAUUAAGAAGGUAAAACUAGACCUUUUUAACUCAUUUGAAGAUGAAACGAUGUCAGCUAUCAUUAAAAAAGAGUAGCCAUCUUUUAUACCCUUUUUAAGCUUAAGAUAAAAAUUUGGAAUACAUCAAAAAGGUGGGUUUUAUCCACUUCCAAAAAAAUAUGCAUGUCUUUUAGAUUUAUGCAAGAAAAUUGAAAUGAAUUACUUAAGAAAUUAAUGUUAAAUAUAGUUUACUGUACAAAAUAAUUUUACAGAAAUCAUUUAAGUUCUUCAAUUGUUAAAUUUGGAUCCUAAUUUAUACAAAUUGAAAGUGAUUUAGGAUGGGAUAGUUAUUUAGCAUCCUUUAUAAAAUAAUUUUAACAAGAAUGAUAAUAAAACAAUUGUAAAAUGUAGUUAAGAAUAGAAAUAAUUAUCUGAAUAAAUUGAGAAUAGAAUAAAAUUAUUAAGAUAAAAAUUAGAUUAAUAAGUAUAAAUAAAACAUAAAGAGCAUUUAACAAUAAAUAAUUGUGAAGAUUUUGAAUAAUUCGGAUCUUAAUUUAAAAUCUAUCAUAAUGACUUUGAUUUGAAUGAUUCACCUGAUGUAAAUCCAAUAAAAUUGAAAAAACAAAUAUUUUCUAAAGAAUUAAUAUAGUUUCAUAUUGAUAUAUUAAAUUGUCUAAUAGAACACUACGAUAAAAGAGGUGUUAGUUUCAUGUUUUAUGAUAAUAUAGUUACAAUACUUAGUGUUCAUUUGAAUAAAGUUAAAAGUGAAAUAGAAAAAGGAUUAAAAAAUAUAAUGAAUUUGAUACCAGAUAAAAUGAACAUACUUAUGGAUCAUAUAAAUAAAUAAAGAUGGAUGAUUUAGUUAGAUAGAGCUUCUUUAUUGUAAUUAAAUAAGUAAAUUAUAUUGAAUUAAUUUUUGUGUUAUUGA